UCAGUCAGUCAGUCAGUCAGUCAGUCGGUCAGUUGUCCUCUGCAGCAGCUUAAAUGAACCAUAUUAAAUGCAUCCAUGAGAUUCUUGUUUCAAAAGUAUUGCUUGUAGAGAAAUGGUCCCCACAUGUACUGUUUCACAUCACACAGGAGCUCCAAGAGUUAAUUGAAUGUUAUCUGAAUGCUUCACUCACCCAGAAAAAGAGCAGAAACAGCUGUGUCUUGUGACAUAAUCAGGCACAUUUUUGGGUCUGCUGUGCAACCCUGGAGGCACCCUCACAGAAUAAAAACAGAAUUUGUUUUGGCUCAGUUCAGGAUUAUUUAAUGUUUGCGUAACUUCUUCUCUGUUAACUCUAUCAAACAGUAACAAAUUUUCCAUUAACUAUUCACCUCAGGCUUUUCCUCUGGACUUUAGCUUCAGUUUGAGCAGAGGAGGAGUGUAGGGUCUGUCUGAAUCUGGAAAGCAUAAUUCUGGCAUUGCACAGACAUCCCUUGUGUGCAGAGCGCUUCCACAUUGGGGUUGUAUGUUAAGAUCGUAAACACGAAUAACUUGGAUCACAGCAUCUAUGGCGACCUUUGAUGACCUCUUGGAGCAGGCUGGGGCUUUCGGCCACUGUCAGAAGCGUGUCUUCGCCAUGCUCUGUCUGCUGUCUCUGCCUCUCUCGGGUGUCUACGUGGGCAUCGUCUUCCAGGGUUUCACCCCGGAUCACUGGUGCCGGGACCCCGCGCUGGCGGAGAGGAGGCAGGCCUGCGGCUGGAGCCAGGCGGAGGCUCGUAGGCUGAUGGCGCCUAUAGUGAACAGCUCGGGGUCGGUGCAGCCGAGCAGCUGUGAGCGCUACGAGGUGGACUGGAACAAAACCACUCUCAGCUGUGAUCCACUGCAGCUGAAUCUCAGCAAAACAGCUCCCUGCAAGGAUGGCUGGGAGUACGAGUAUGAGGGCAGGAAGUCCUUUGUCACUGAGUUCAACCUGGUGUGUUCAGACGCUUGGUAUGUGGACAUGUACCAGUCCACUGUCAACGUGGGAUUCCUCGCCGGCAGCUUUGCUUUUGGUUUCUUUGCUGACAGGUUUGGCAGGAAUAUGAGUUUCCUGGUGUCCAACAUCCUGAACGCUGUUGCAGGAAUGGUGCUCGCUUUCGCCCCGAACUUCAUCUCCAUCCUGGUGUUGAGGGCCCUCCUCGGCUUCGGAGUCAAAGGAGGCUGGAUGUCCACCUAUGUGCUGCUCACAGAGAUCGUCGGAGUGGAGUACAGACGGACGGUGGGAAUAUUGUACCAGAUGCUCUUCAGCAUCGGUAACCUCGUCAUCCCUCUGCUGGCCUUCUACAUCACUGACUGGCGCUGGCUGCAGGUCGCCUUCACCGCCCCUUACAUCCUCUUCAUCUCCUUUUACUGGUUUAUCCCAGAGUCUCCGAGGUGGCUCAUCUCUCGGAACAAUUCUGCCAAAGCUCUGGAGAUCACACAAGCUAUAGCUAAAGAGAACAAGAGGAACCUCACACACUUUGAGACACUGACGGAUGUGGAGGGUGACUGCUCCUCCGCCUCUCUGAUGGACCUGUUCAGGACUCCAAACAUGAGAAAACACACUCUGAUCCUCAUGUUCAACUGGUUCACCACUGCUGUUGUGUACCAGGGUCUGAUCAUGAGGUUGGGGAUCACAGGAGGAAACAUCUACAUCGACUUCCUCAUCUCCGGCCUGGUCGAGAUCCCCGCUGCCCUCUUCAUCCUCUUCACCAUCGAACGCAUCGGCAGACGCAUCCCCUUCGCCUCCGCCAACAUCGUGGCCGGAGCCGCCUGCCUGAUUACCGCUUUCAUCCCUGACAGCAUGUUCUGGUUCAAGAUGGUGGUGGCCUGCAUCGGGCGGCUGGGGAUCACCGUGGCCUUUGAGAUGGUGGUGUUUGUGAACACUGAGCUCUACCCGACCAUUAUCCGGAACCUGGGAGUGGCCGUGUGUUCAACCCUGUGUGAUAUCGGAGGCAUCGUGUCUCCCUUCCUGCUCUACAGACUCGCUGCCAUCUGGCUGGAGCUGCCUCUCAUCAUCUUCGGAGUGGUCGCGUUCAUAGCCGGAGGACUGGUGUUGUUGCUUCCUGAAACUAAAGGAGUUCCUCUCCCGGACACCAUCGAGGACAUUGAGUUUCCUAACAAGAAAAAGAAGAAUGUCAUGGAGAACCAACAACUGAAGAAGCCUUUAAACUCCGACCUGACGAACAACAAGGACACAACAACUGUGUGACUGUGUGUGUGUGUGUGUGUGUGUGUGUGUGUAGACAUAUUCACUUUAGGCAAAAAAACCUUUAAAACGCGACAAUUUCCUUUGUUUUAGGUUUUAUUUUUCAGCUCUUACUGUGAAAAAUCACUAUUUGCUUAUUAGAUUUUCUCCACCACAGGUAAUAAAACACCUCUUCUUAACCGAUAA